CAGCACUAUCUUCACUACAUUACAUAUUUCGCGCAGGUUUGCAGGUUGUCAGUUGACUAAAUCGUAAGAACUUGCCGAUUUUCAGUGAUAAAACUAUAAAAAAAGCAUUUUAAAUUAAACGGAAAAUGAGGAUAACGUCGGCUGCUGGAGUGAUCUCCCUCCUGGAUGAAAAAGAGUCGGAGCUUAAGUGGUUCGCAUUGCAGAAGCUGGAUGAACUCGUAGAUGAAUUCUGGGCUGAAAUUUCUGAGGCUAUUGAAAAAAUUGAGGUACUGUACGAAGAUGACACAUUCAAACACAGAGAGUUGGCAGCGUUAGUUGCAUCAAAGGUCUACUAUCAUCUUGGAUCGUUUGAGGAUUCCCUGACGUAUGCAUUGGGUGCUGGAUCCCUGUUUAAUGUCAAUCAGCAGUCGGAGUAUGUGGAGACAACCAUUGCGAAGUGCAUAGACCACUACACAAAGCUACGCAUCUACAAUGCGGACAACUCCGAGCAGAAGGAUGUGGAUGGCAGGCUGGAAGCCGUGGUGAAUAAGAUGCUGCAGCGUUGCCUUGACGACCGGAAGUAUAGGCAGGCGAUUGGAAUCGCCCUGGAGACGAGGAGGCUGGACAUCUUUCAGGACGCCAUUAAGAAAUCGGAUGAUGUGGCCGGUAAUCUAUCGUAUGCUCAGAAGGUGUGCAUGACGCUGAUUCCAAAUCGCCAGUUUCGUAACACCGUGCUGCGUGUACUGGUGGAAUUGUACAGUGGAUUGGAGACACCGGACUACAUUGGUGUCUGUCAGUGCUUGAUCUUCCUUGACGACCCGUUGUCAGUCGCGGAGAUUUUGGAAAAGUUGAUCAAACAGAGUGAGCAUGGCACCUUGAUGGCGUAUCAGAUUGCCUUUGAUCUGUAUGAGAGUGCGACCCAGCAGUUCCUCAACAGGGUUCAUCAGGCGCUGAGGGGCACCAUGGGGCUGCCGGGAUCGGAAGCAGCCACGGAGGGAGAUGAUUCUAUGGAAACCGAUGUAAAACUAGAAGACAAAGAUCAUUCAACAGAGAAGAAACAGGAUUCAAAGGAAGACAAGGCAGUCCAUGACAAAAUGAAGAAACUUUCGUCGAUUCUAACAGGAGAGACAUCAAUAGGAUUACAUCUGCAGUUUUUGAUUCGAAAUAACAAAACGGACAUGCUGAUACUAAAAAAUACAAAGGAUGUGGUCAGAAACUCAGUGUGUCACACAGCGACGGUGAUCGCCAACGCGUUCACGCACUGCGGAACAACGAGCGACGCUUUCCUACGGGACAAUCUGGAGUGGCUCGCGCGGGCGACCAACUGGGCGAAGUUUACGGCGACGGCGAGUCUCGGCGUGAUCCACAAGGGACACGAGAAGGAGGCGCUGAGCCUGAUGGCGACCUACCUUCCCAAGGACACGGGUCCCGGCAGCGCGUACUCUGAGGGAGGCGGUCUCUUCGCGCUGGGAAUGAUCCACGCGAACCACGGCGGCAAGACGACCGACUACCUGCUCAAUCAGCUGAAGGAUGCGACGACCGACAUGGUGAGGCAUGGAGCUGCUCUGGGUCUCGGCUUAGCUGCGAUGGGCACUGCAAGACAAGAUGUCUACGAUCAACUGAAGAUGAACCUACUACAAGAUGACGCAGUCACCGGUGAAGCUGCUGGGUUGGCAAUGGGACUUGUCAUGCUGGGUUCCAAGUCACCUACUGCCAUCGAAGAUAUGGUUUCGUACGCGCAGGAGACUCAGCAUGAGAAGAUCAUCCGGGGGCUGGCGGUGGGCAUCGCGCUCGUCAUGUACGGCAUGCUGGAGGAGGCAGACCCACUCAUAGAGAGCCUCGCGCGGGACAAGGACCCCAUCCUGCGCAGAUCAGGGAUGUACACUGUUGCGAUGGCAUACUGUGGAUCAGGAAACAAUAAGGCCAUUCGUCGGCUGCUGUCAUGUUGCUGUGAGUGACGUCAACGACGAUGUUCGACGCGCCGCUGUGGAAUCUC